AUGCGUGCAACACUCGCAGCGCUGCAGCGCACCAGUGUGCUUUGCGCACAAAGUACGCCACAUCCACUGAACGAUGUACAGGCAGUAUCGAAUAUGCUAUUAGCGCCACUUCCGCUAUACCGCGCGCUGCUCCGUGCGCACCGCAUACUACCCGCAGAAAUGCGUGCAUUGGGAGAUGAUUACAUCAAGGCAGAGUUCCGACGCCACCAGAAGAUUGAUAACCCAUUGCAAAUUGUGGCAUUUUGCAGUCAGUGGAAGAUGUACCUUGACACGCUAUUAGCGAAUACACGAAACCCGGGGCAAAGUUUGGAUUCCGCACUCCUGGACAAGUUCUCCGAUGAGCAGCUAUACCAACUCUACGAACUUAAACUGGCCACGGAUGAGGCUUUUGAUCCAGAACGUGCACAGGAUCGUCCAAAGAAGAACGGCGAGGGUGAGGGCGAGGGUCACGCCUGA